AUGGCUUCAAUUCAUUUUCCAUUUAAUAUAACAUGUAAUGCGUCUCCAUCUGGAACAGUUUAUGUGGAUUCCGCACCACCUAUGCCACCAUCGUAUCUUCAAGCAACAGCUCUGAUUAUCUAUACAUUAUUGAGUAUUCUUACUGUUGGUGGAAACGCUCUUGUAUGUUUUAUAGUAUUUCAUUUCAUGGGUGUUAUUACUGUUACAAAUUUAUUUAUUGCAAAUUUGGCACUAACCGAUCUUUUUAUCGGUCUUUUUUGUAUUCCAAUUGUGUUUAUAUCAGAUUAUCUUUUAUCUGAUUGGCCAUUUGGAGAAUUUAUGUGCAAAUUUACAUCAUUUGCACAGUCUGUUGUUGUUGUUUGUACAGUAUAUACAUUAGUGGCUAUGUCAGUUGACCGUUAUAUAGCAAUAAUUCACCCAUUAAAGCCAAAAUUAACAAGAAAACAAUGUCGACUAUUAAUUGCUUUACUGUGGGCAUUUUCAAUAUUAUUUAGUUCACCAAUAUUUAUUGAUAUGGAUAUAAAGCAUACUUGUUUUCAUCGUGAUUCAGAUAAUAUAACAGAACAUUCGCAAACAGUAUGCGAAGCAAUGAUUCUCCCGUCAUCACUACAAGCAGCCUAUAAUUUUGCAACGAUCACUAUCAUCUAUAUUGUUCCAUUAUGUGUACUAACAAUAGUUUAUAUACGUCUUGGUUGGCGAUUACACCAAAGUCGUGCACCAGGUGAAGCACAUUCAGAACGUGAUGCUAAAAUUAAAAAAUCCAAGCAGAAAGUCAUUAAAAUGUGUUUUGUUGUUGUAAUUAUGUUUGGUGUAUGUUGGCUCCCAAUGCAAUUAUAUACAAAUAUAUUACGACCAUAUCUUACUGAAAUCAUCCAUGAAAAAUAUGUUCCACAUGUUUAUUUUGCUUUUCAUCUUAUGGCUAUGAGUAAUUCAUGCGUUAAUCCCGCUAUCUAUGGUGUUAUGUCGUCAAAAUUUCGUGCUGGUUAUUUACAUUAUUGGCAUAAUUUAGUAACAUGUUGUGGUUUAUUUAAUACUUGUGCUGUAAAAAGGACAGAACAAACCGAGAACGUUACAAAAACAGCAUUAUUUCAUGUGAAUCGAAAACGAUACGAAUUAAAUUUAAUAACUCAUGAUAUUGACUUUGAUCGAUCAAGUGAUAUAUCAGCACCUUGUUCUAUUCGAUUGAUAGCAUCAAUAAAAACAUCAUCAAAUGAGUAG